AGGCGAUAGUAUAUGAAGGCCAAGACAAGAACCCAGAAAUGUGCCGAGUUCUGCUCACGCAUGAAAUAAUGUGCAGCCGCUGUUGUGACAAGAAAAGCUGUGGCAACAGAAAUGAGACUCCAUCAGAUCCAGUGAUAAUUGACAGGUUCUUCUUGAAAUUUUUCCUCAAAUGUAACCAAAAUUGCCUAAAAAAUGCAGGAAACCCUCGAGAUAUGCGUCGAUUCCAGGUUGUGGUGUCUACAACAGUCAAUGUUGAUGGCCAUGUGUUGGCAGUGUCGGACAAUAUGUUUGUGCACAACAAUUCCAAGCAUGGGCGGAGAGCUCGAAGACUCGAUCCCUCGGAAGCUACACCAUGUAUCAAAGCCAUCAGUCCAAGUGAAGGAUGGACUACAGGAGGUGCCACUGUCAUCAUCAUAGGAGACAAUUUCUUUGAUGGGUUACAGGUCAUAUUCGGCACCAUGCUGGUUUGGAGUGAGCUGAUUACUCCUCAUGCCAUCCGCGUACAGACGCCUCCGCGACAUAUCCCAGGGGUUGUAGAAGUCACAUUGUCCUACAAGUCUAAGCAGUUUUGCAAGGGAACACCUGGAAGAUUCAUUUACACAGCUCUGAACGAACCCACCAUUGACUACGGUUUCCAAAGGUUACAGAAGGUUAUCCCCCGGCACCCUGGUGACCCCGAACGCUUGCCAAAGGAAGUAAUACUUAAGAGGGCUGCUGAUUUAGUAGAAGCACUCUAUGGUAUGCCACAUAAUAACCAGGAAAUAAUCCUGAAAAGAGCAGCAGACAUUGCAGAAGCACUCUACAGUGUCCCCCGCAAUCACAACCAGCUCCCCGCCCUUGCUAACACGUCAGUCCAUGCAGGAAUGAUGGGAGUGAAUUCCUUUAGUGGUCAACUAGCUGUCAAUGUUUCCGAAGCCUCACAAGCCACCAAUCAGGGUUUUACUCGCAACUCAAGCAGCGUGUCACCUCAUGGCUAUGUGCCAAGCACCACCCCUCAGCAGACAAAUUAUAACUCUGUCACAACAAGCAUGAAUGGCUAUGGGAAUGCUGGAAUGUCAAAUUUAGGCGGAUCUCCGACCUUCCUGAAUGGAUCUGCUGCCAAUUCUCCCUAUGCCAUUGUGCCAUCAAGUCCGACAAUGGCCUCCUCCACUAGCCUCCCCUCAAACUGUAGCAGUUCCUCUGGGAUUUUCUCCUUCUCACCAGCCAACAUGGUCUCAGCGGUGAAACAGAAGAGUGCUUUUGCGCCUGUUGUGAGACCGCAAACUUCUCCUCCUCCCACCUGCACCAGCACCAAUGGCAAUAGCCUGCAAGCUAUAUCUGGCAUGAUUGUUCCCCCCAUGUGAAAGAAUUGCCUUGAAGAAUUUUAUUAAUGAAGAGGUUGAAUUCUGCUUCAGAGAGAAUCUGAUACAAGUCCCAGAGUGGAACUUUUUACUCAGGC